AUGUAUCGACGGGCGUUAGAAGGAUAUGAAGAUGUGCUUGGACGCGAGCAUCCUAACACGCUUACUAGUGUCAACAACCUUGGCAAUGUGCUUAACAGCCAAGGAAAAUACGAAGAGGCGGAAGCGAUGUAUCGACGGGCGUUGGAAGGGAGUGAGAAAGUACUUGGGCGUGAGCACCCUGACACGCUCACCAGUGUUAGUAACCUUAGUAAUGUGCUUGACAGGCAAGGGAAACAUGAAGAGGCGGAAGCGAUGUAUCGACGGGUGCUGGAAGCACGAGAGAAGGUGCUUGGGCGCGAGUACCCUUACACGCUCACUAGUGUUAAUAACCUUGGAUUAGUGCUCGAUAGUUAA